AUGAGAUACUCAACAGCGUGCUCGGCGUGUCGCGCGCGACGGCGAAAAUGCGAGGUCCCCGUCGGCGGCGGCCAGUGCACUUACUGUGCGGCUCAGAACAUUGCCUGUUCGCGGGCCGGGACCAUCAUCCAGCCCAAGGCAGCUCCCAUCAGUCCAAUAUCCAUCACAACACCAAAGACGCCCAUUGUCACCGAAAUCAUGCUCGCUAGUCCGCCGGGCAUAACUCCUUCCGCUGCUGUUGCCGAUAAGCCACUAUGUUUCGAGCUCGUAGAGUUGUACUUCAAGUAUAUACACGAUCAGCUGCACUCCCUCUUUCACAGGCCCAGCUUCAUGCUGGAUCUUCACGAGGGGACCGCCCCUUUAGUGCUCGUCUACGCAAUGAUGGCGCUAUCAGCACGAUUCUCUUCCAAUCCCAUCUUCAAUGGGAUACCGCCAAUCUCGAGAGGGGAGCUCUUUGCAAAUGAGGGCAAUCUACUGCUCAACUUGCGCGACGUCUCACUCACUACCGCACAAGCAUGCGUGCUUCUUGGCGCGUACUCUAUCGUAGAGGGCGAAGCAGGUGCAGAAACCAUCUUCUACUCAGCGGCGUGCAGAAUAGCCAACUAUCUUGAUCUACCUAACCUGCCGACCCCAGACCCGCUUCAGAGGGAGAUCCACAUCAGAGUAUAUUGGUCGCUCUGCAUGAUCGAUGUAUGGUCGUCCACUGGAGUUAAUCUUCCGCGCCUCAUGAACCGCAGGAUGGAUGUCCCGUUACCCAUGAACGAGUCAACUUUUCUCAACAUGACCCGGGCAAACAACAACCACUUUGACUUUAUACUCGCACCGAAUCGUGAAGAUUCACUCAUCGCUCAGAUGAUUAAGCUGAAUAGUAUUCUGAUGAGGGUGAAUGACGCCAUCAAGAGUCUCACAUCUGAUGUUGAUGUGACCAACAUCGAUGAGACCGUGUCUCAAUUAUCACAGGAGCUCGAGGCAUGGGAGGUCGCUUUGCCCCAUAACCUCCGCGAUACCCCGAGCAACCUCCACGCUUUCGCCUCACAGGGCCUGGGUCGGAUCUUUAUCGCUGUGCACACUGGCCACUAUCACUAUAGCCAGCUACUUUACUACCAGUACCUCGACGAGGUUCAGCGCUUCCCUACUUCACCAACCGCUCAGAUGUUUGCGCGCAAAUGCAAGGAAAAUGCCAUUUCCAUGUCACGCAUCAUCGAUCUUGCAAACACAACACCAGGGUGUGAUGCCAAGUUCAACAUGCUCGGACACAUCAUUGUCAUCACCUCAUCCAUCUUCAUUCAUACCCUACUCUUCGAGACGGAUGAGGCUGAGAUUGCAAACGCCCGCGCUACACUCGAGCGUCAUUUCAAUACCCUGGUCGCUUUGCGAGCGUACUGGCCAGCACUGGAGGUUUGCUUCGCCCGACUGAAGACAUUCCACGAGUUGUGUCGCAAGAGCAUGAAUACCAGCUAUCGUAUGGACCGGUGGAUGUUGCGGUUCUUGACCGAAUUCGCGCGGCCAAUUGAUGAGAAGGAGCGGGACGAGGACGGCCAUAUGGACUUGGACCGCUGGAGUGUGGGCAACAUUGGUAUCAGUCCGGAGAAUUGGGCAUAG